CACAUAGAUAUGAGCACUUAGAGGCCGCAUUUGAGGGUUUGAAUAAAGCUGAAUGUUAAUCUAGCUGUGUGUAUCUAUGUGCCAAUGAAUGACGGCUCUUUCGCUUCCAACAUCUAAGGAAAUGUUUGGCUAGUGCAGUCGACUUUUCAGCAAAAUAUUAUGUUUAUUUAUUUUUGUGUUCGGCCAAGAGUGUAACUUUGGUAGUCGAUUUUUGCAUAUAUAAUACAAUUUCGGUUAAUGUAGACUAACCGAGUCGCAUACGGUGAAAACACAAGCUGAAAUUGAACUUAAGAUACCUUUUCAUAACAGUCGAAAGUGAAACAGCCAGGCAAUAGUUUUAUUAACUUACUCGGUUCCAGUCGGGAUUAUGAAGCUGUCAAGCUCUUCAUCGUUUGGACUUUGUAUUUUAGUCGUUUUUUUCUGUUUUGUUGUUAUCGAAAGUGCAAAAAUCCGCAUUGACGGUUAUAAUGAUGAGGCUUGGAUUGAUCCAUAUGACAUGCUGAACUACGACCCGACGACAAAGCGAAUGAGAAAAUCCACAGAGUCUGAAAGUUACCAAAAUGUGCCAACCAAGAGGAGGGAAUUCAACUCGGAAUCCUGUGACGUGCCAAAGUGUCCUGAUGAACAUGAAUGCAUAAAAAAACUACACAUUUUGCAGAAAGAGUUUGAUGAACAGAAAAGUAAGAGCACUGCCACCCUCUCAAAACCAGUAUGCCUUCCAGUAUUCAAGCGAUUCCUUUCCAAGCUACUAAAGGAAACGUCAAAGCUUGGCCUGCCUGAUGAUGGAAUAACAGCCAUGCACUAUGAUGCUGAGGUGAAGCUUUCCAAGCAGUCGCUGGCAGAGAUCCAGAAGCUUUUGAAUGAUGAAGACGGCUGGACCACCGGAGCCAUGGACGAGGCUCUCAGUCAAAUUCUGGUACAAUUCAAACUCCACGACUACGAAGCCUGGAAGUGGCGAUUCGAGGACACAUUUCAUGUAGAUGUUGACACUGUCCUCAAGGUUUCUUUGAUUGUUCUGAUCAUCGUAGCCAUUAUCUGCACUCAGCUCUGGUCUGUGGUCUCCUGGUUUGUCCAGUUCAGGAGAAUGUUUGCCGUUUCCUUUUUUAUUAGCUUGAUCUGGAACUGGUUUCAUCUUUAUAUGCUUGCCUUUGCGGAACACAAGAAGAACAUUGUGCAGGUGGAGAGUUUCAAUGCCAAAUGUACUGGCCUAAAACAACUCAACUGGCAGGACAGUUUAUCAGAGUGGUACAGACGGACAUGGACACUUCAAGAUGAUCCUUGCAAGAAGUAUUACGAGGUCCUGGUUGUGAACCCUAUUUUGCUUGUACCACCAACAAAGGCUAUCACGAUCACCAUAACCAACUUCAUCACAGAUCCCUUGAAGCACAUUGGUGAGGGCAUCAGUGAGUUCCUGAGAGCCCUGCUGAAGGAUCUACCUGUCACUCUCCAGAUCCCUGUGCUGAUCAUCAUCAUAUUGGCAAUCUUGAUAUUUGUGUAUGGAAGUGCUCAAGCAGCGAUACAUCAAGUGGCACGUUUUCCUCGGCUUGGCUGGCGACAAGAACAACCACCUCCUGCAGUCGGACAGCGCCAAAAUCCUCAGCUAAGGGCGCAUGAGGAACCUUGGGAAGGGGGCGACGCUCGACAGCCACUACCAAUGCGGCAGGACAACAGGGGCAAUCAUGUGGGAAACCGAGGGGAUCAGGGCUUCAGAGAUGCCAACGCUCCGGAAAAUAGAGAGGAGGACAGAAGCAUGGACAUCCGGCAGGAAUUUUCCACCAAAAGAACCCCUGUAGAGACUCUUCAAGCUACAGGUAACACAUUUCCAGAUGAUGAGACUGAUUCUCAGCAACGGACUCAAGAGUUGGACUCGGGCGCAAAUGUGGAGGAGGAAGUGAAAGUUGAGGAAAAGGAGAAAAAGGAGUCUUUUUCUGUGGACAAUAAGGAGCAAAAAGAAACAAAAAGUCCAGACAGAAGUGAACCUAUAACCAGUGAGCCACCAUCUUCAAUAGACGUGAAAACAGUUGGAGCUGAUCAAGGGAAUGAGCACUUGAUGUGCACGAAAAGGAAAUGGGCUGCUCAAAAUGGCUUCAAGCUGCAGGUUAUAUUAUGCGAGAUUAACUCAGAGGCAUCAGCAGAUCUUCCUGAGGAAGAAGAAUGUUUCAGCUUUAAACAUCCAGUUCAAGAAACACAGAGUUAACAUGGUCUGAGAAAUGUUUUUGAAUGAACAGGUUUUUAUUUUUAUUUUUAAUUUUAUUUAUUUUUUUUGUGGGAUGUAUUUUUAAUUAAAUGUAGGGAAAACUGAUUUCCCCCCUUAAAAUUAAACGUAUAUUAUCUACGUUUGCCUUGCGUUUGGUUUCAUUUCCACACGUAAAUCAAGUAAAUAUCCUGAACCACCCAAAAGAUGAUAUAAAGCUGGGGUGCUCAACCCUGUUCCUAGAGAUCUACCUUCCUGCAGAGUUUAGCUCCAACCCUGAUCAAACACAACUAAACCAACUAUGUAGGAUCUGAAGGAGCACUUGGUAUUUAAAGACAGGUGUGUUUGAUCAAGGUUGCAUUUGUACUCUGCAGGAAGGUAGAUCUUCAGAAAAGGGUUGAACACCCCUGAUAUAAAGAGUACUUACAAGUAUCUGCCUCUUAUUUGUCUGAACAGUGUCAUUGGUUUAGGAGCAUACUAGCCUGGAAAUAUUAAGCUUUUUCAUUGCUGCUCCUUAUCAGCCAUCACACACACACUAAUAAAAUACGUUGCUGGAUUAAAUCUCAAUGUUUUAUUUAUUUCAUUAUUUUUUAUUAUUGUUAAUUUCAUAAGCCCCAGCAGAGAAUUAGAUUUUUUGGGUAGUCUUUUUUUCAUUUAAGCUCACACCUUGUCAGUGAAUUCACUGAUCAUGGCUCCAUAUUGUAUGAUAUUAUGUUGUGUCAUUUAUUAUGUAUGGUUUGUUUUGUUUACAUUUAUUUGAAUAAAUGUUUUCUUUGUAAAGUGCUGAGCUGAAAGCACUGUAUUAAAUUACUUUAUUUUAUUAAUAUUAUUAUUAGUAAGAACUCUGUCAAAUUAUUUGAAAGAGCUGUAUGUCAUAUCAUCAUACCGCCAUUUCUUGUAAAAUAAAACGUCUUUUUCUUGAACACAA